CUAAUACGUGCUUACUCAAAUCCAAUUUCAAUCAUCUAAACCACAAUUUGGUGCAUACAAUAUUUAUAUAUAAAAAUUAAAUAUCUCGUGAGAGUUUUUCUAUAAAAGGUACACGUACACUCAUGUAUCUACUUACUCACUCCUUUCAGAAACCCAAACCCUCAUUCCAAAAAAUGGGGUCUCGCUCUCAAAACCUCUCCUUUCUCGUCCUCCUCCUCCUUGGCUUCGUUGCCGUCUCCUAUGCUUGCGACUGUACCCCUCCUAAACCAUCACCAGCACCUCACAAACCACCAAAACAUCCAGUCAAACCGCCUAAACCUCCUGCCGUCAAACCACCUAAACCACCGGCAGUAAAACCACCUACUCCAAAACCUCCCACCGUGAAACCCCAUCCUAAACCACCAACCGUCAAACCCCAUCCUAAACCACCAACCGUCAAACCCCACCCUAAGCCACCCACCGUCAAACCACCCCACCCUAAACCACCCACCAAACCUCACCCCCACCCAAAACCUCCCAUCGUAAAGCCACCAACCAAGCCUCCUCCGUCCACCCCUAAACCUCCCACCAAACCUCCCCCGUCCACACCUAAACCUCCCACGACCAAGCCUCCUCCGUCUACUCCGAAACCACCCCACCACAAGCCUCCGCCUACACCAUGCCCACCACCAACACCAACGCCGACUCCACCAGUUGUAACACCGCCAACACCAACCCCACCCGUCAUAACUCCACCAACACCAACCCCACCCGUCGUAACACCGCCAACGCCAACUCCACCCGUCAUUACACCACCAACACCAACUCCACCCGUCAUUACACCACCAACACCAACACCACCCGUCGUGACACCUCCAACACCAACACCACCCGUAGUAACACCACCAACACCAACUCCUCCUACGCCUAUUCCAGAGACUUGCCCAAUUGACACGCUGAAGCUAGGCGCUUGUGUGGACGUUCUUGGAGGUUUGAUUCACAUCGGACUUGGAAAAAGCCACGCCAAGGCAGAAUGUUGUCCGGUUUUAGGAGGUUUACUUGACCUAGACGCAGCCGUUUGUCUAUGUACCACCAUUAAGCUCAAACUUCUCAACAUCGACCUUGUUCUCCCCAUUGCUCUUGAGCUUCUUCUCGACUGUGGAAAAACUCCACCAUCUGACUUCAAAUGUCCCGCUUAAUCGAUGUAGAACGUUGAGAGUCUCUGGACGACUCCAAAAGUUUCGUUUCUUCAAGAAAUUUGUUAGUUUCAUGAUCUAUUUGGUAAUGGGAGGUUAAUCUGCAUAUGUGCGACCUUUAGUUACAUGUUUCAUUUGAUACAAUAAAAGGCGUUGUAAUUUGGGUUUGAGAUUUCAAUUUCUUUGGGCUUUCUUGUUAUGUUGUACUUUUAAGAAGAAGAAAAAAAAACUGUUAAACGAUAUAACUUUUUUUUUAAUAUGAACAAGUUUGUAUCUGUCUAAUUUGUUUUUAUGUACAUACGUACGUUUUGGAGUAGAAAAAAUGUGAUUUUUGUAGCCAUGGCCCAUGCGCAUUGCACUGAUGCAUAUGCGCCUCACAGCGCAGCUACUGACCAAGAACAUGUGUAUAAAUUUAGUUAUACUGUAUACACGUAUACUCUUGCUAAAAAAAAAUUAUCUAUCACAUUUUUUUUUGUCCAAACAUUUGAUAAAAAAGAUAUAUGAUAAGAUUACAAAAUUUUGAUUUGU